UCUCCGCGCAAUGGUAGCAAUUGGCUGACAAUCCAUCCCUGCAGAUUCGUCGACCCGAUCUUCGCCGUCUGUGUAGGCCUAUCUGCCGCCACUCUGCGCAUCCGCCGUGAACAGCGAGAGAAAUAUCCCGGCCAGGAUUCGAGUCCUUUCGCACUGUGGCAGAAGGGUGUGAGGAUGAGCAAGAGAUAUUUUGCAUCCGAAACGCCCCAGAAGAAAUAA